CCCCCGGCGGUUGCUUGCAAGAGGUUGGCUGCUUGAAAAGUAAAUCUUGGGGGAAAAAAGUUCAUUCGGUAAACGUGGGUUAAGACUUUUGCCAAGGGACACAAUGACAACAUGCACUCAAGCGGGGAUAUGAACCGCUGAACCAUUACGUUGUAAGGUGUACACUUACAAUCACACAUGCCCCUCAGCUUUAAAAUAUGGAUAAACAAUGUUUUUUAAAUGAACCCACUGCAUAGCAGAUUUCAUCGACUGUAGGGGUUGGCCCAGAACACAAAAUUGCAAUAACCUUAGGGAAGUCUGUUUAGUUCAUGCUUACAAAUAAUUCAAACAGCAUCCAUGUGUACCCUAUAUCUGUAUAGCUGUAUUAUGCUGCCCCCAGGAGGCCAAAUUGCACACACCAGAAGGAGCAGCACAACAGCCAUUGAAUUACACCAAAAAAAGUAUUAUUAUUAUAUUAAAAAAAAACUGGGACAUAAAUAUUUGCUAUUUUUGGUGGGGAGACUGGAACGGAUUAAUGGCCUUUCAAUUCGUUUCCAUGGGGAAAGACGAUUUGAGUGACUAGACUAACAAGGUCACACAACAAAUUGGGCUUAGGUCUUUCUCGUGGUUCCAAUGCCACUUCGAGAGAGCCUCGUUUUUGUAUUUUGCGGGCCCACCCCCAGUUGUGACAUCGCCACCCGAUUUAGCCGCCUCCAACGGCCCAAAAUAGAGUCGGGAGGAUGGACACUCCAGACGGCGACUGCAUUACUGCCGCCACCUGAUCGAGGAAAACAGACUGGCCUCAGAGUCCGGCGAGGAACAAGAAACCCGGCAGGCCAGAACGUGUCAGCUCUCGGAAGUGAGCUAGACUUUUACGAGAAGAGGCUUUGAGCCAAAUGGGUGAACGCGUACAAGUAGACAGCAUGGCCCAAAGCACCACAGAAGAGAUGCCGCGGCUCUUCCCGAAAAUCUCCAUGAGCGAGGUGGACGAGAAGGUGCGUCUGCUGGCUGAGAAGGUCUACGCCUCAGCCCUGAAGGAGGAGGAUACCAAGGAUGCCCUGGCCCUCUUCAACGUGCCUGAGGACUGUCCCAUCGGUCUGCAGGAGGACCGGGAGCGUGCGCUGCAGAAAGAGCUGGCCGAGCAGCAGUCCAAGGAGACUGUCAAGAGAAAGAAGAACUUCAUGAUGAAGCGGUCCCAGUCCCUGUCCCUACAGAUUCCCACUGGGGAAUGGAGCCUGCUGGGAAAUUCGCCCGCGCUAUCACCGACCGUGCCAGAGCCUGUCUUUUCAAAGAGCUUCCCCGACUUCCAGAGGGUGACCAUCAGUGGAGACUACUGCGCCGGGAUCACCGUCGAGGAUUAUGAGCAGGCAGCCAAGAGCCUCCUGAAAGCUCUUUUCAUUCGGGAAAAGUACUCUCGGCUGGCUUACCACCGUUUUCCCAGGACGAUAGCUCGCUUCCUCCGCAACGCAGAGGGGGAAAAGUGGCGAGAGGAGGACGAGGUCUUGCCAGACAUCUGGCCGGUCCCCCGUGAAGACGAGGACCCGUACUCUAUGGAGGGCAUUCCAGAGAACCUGGACUACGAGCUCCAAAUGAAAGACGGCAUUAUUCACGUUUACGACAACGCGGAGGCCCUGAAACAACAACGGCCUCGCGUGCUCCCUUACCCAGACUUCGAGACCUUCGCUAUAGACUUGAGCCACGUCCUUGCCAUGAUUGCUGAUGGCCCCACGAAGACCUACUGCCACAGACGACUGAAUUUCUUGUCAUCCAAAUUUUAUCUUCAUGAAAUGAUGAAUGAAAUGGCUGAACUUAAGGAGCUAAAGCGUGUCCCCCACAGAGACUUCUACAAUGUCAGAAAGGUGGACACGCACAUACAUGCCGCUGCCUGCAUGAACCAGAAGCACUUGCUGAAGUUCAUUAAGACCACGUACCAAACGGAGAAAGGCCGCGUGGUCCUGGAGAAGGGCGGCCAUAGGUUUACACUGGAGCAGGUCUUCAAAAGCCUCCAUAUGGACCCCUACGACCUCACCGUGGACUCACUGGACGUGCAUGCUGGAAGACAAACAUUUCAUCGCUUUGACAAAUUCAACUCCAAGUACAACCCUGUGGGAGCCAGCGAACUGCGAGAGAUUUACCUCAAGUCUGACAACUACAUCGAGGGAGAGUACUUUGCACGUCUCAUCAAGGAAGUGGCAAAAGAGCUGGAGGAGAGCAAGUACCAACACGCCGAACCUCGUUUGUCAAUUUACGGACGGUCCACCACCGAGUGGGCCGGCCUCGCCGCCUGGUUCAUUCAGCACAAAGUCCACUCGCCCAACCUGAGAUGGAUGAUCCAGGUCCCCCGUAUCUAUGACAUCUUCAGGUCGAAGAAGCUAAUACCAAACUUUGCCAAAAUGCUGGAGAACAUCUUCCUCCCCAUAUUUGAGGCCACAGUAAACCCACAAAAGCACCCGGAACUUCAUGUUUUCCUGAAAUACGUGACGGGAUUUGACAGCGUGGAUGACGAAUCCAAGCACAGCGACCACUUGUUUUCCUACAAAAGCCCAAAGCCCGAGUCGUGGACCACAGACGAUAACCCGCCGUACACCUACUACCUGUUUUACAUGUACGCCAACAUCAUGGUGCUCAACAACCUGCGCAAGGAGCGUGGAUUGAACACCUUCCAGUUCCGCCCCCACUGCGGCGAGGCCGGCUCUAUCACACACCUGGUGUCCGCCUUCCUCACGGCGGACAACAUCUCCCACGGCCUCAACCUGAAAAAGAGUCCGGUGUUGCAGUACCUCUACUACCUGGCGCAGGUUCCCAUUGCCAUGUCGCCGCUGAGCAACAACAGCUUGUUCCUGCAGUACUCCAAAAACCCGCUGCGGGACUUUCUCCAGAAGGGCUUGUGUGUGUCGCUGUCCACCGACGACCCCAUGCAGUUCCACUACACAAAGGAAGCAUUGAUGGAGGAGUAUGCCAUCGCAGCUCAGCUUUGGAAACUCAGCACUUGCGACUUGUGCGAGAUCGCCAGAAACAGCGUGCUGCAAAGCGGCCUGUCUCACCAGGAGAAGAAACACUUCCUGGGCUCCAACUACCUGCAGGACGGCCCCGAGGGCAACGACAUCAGACGCACAAACGUGGCGCAAAUCCGCAUGGCGUAUCGUCACGAGACGCUGUGCAACGAGCUCAGCUUUUUAGUCGACGCCGUCAAAGCUGACGCCACGACUCAAGUGGGGGACUGACACGGGUUGGCGCAUUUUCGCAUUUUGUUAAAAAAAAUCCUCUUUGAAUUUGUGUGAGUUGCAUUUAUUGACAAACUGCAUUUUGUUUUUUUUUUUUACUGAAAAAUUUAUGUAUAAUAUGUGUAAUAUCUGUAAAAAAAAACUACUGAAUCACAAAUAAUAAAGUGCAAAGGAUGUCUUUAUUAAAAGUCAUGCAAUGUAUCGUCACACCUGAAUCCCAGCCAUAAUUAAAACAAAUGAAUUCCAUGUUUGAGGAAUUUAAGAAAAGACCAACAUAUCAUAUCAUGAAUUACAGUAUCAUACAUCUGUCACACCACAUCUUUUUCACAAAUGAUUUUAUACAGACUGAGAAAAAGAGAUGGCCAAACAAUGCAUUACACUGGCAGAAUUAAAAGAUAUACGGUUGAAGUCGGAAGUUUACUAUACUGUGAAAAAACACAAAUUUAUUUUUUUUGUCUCACUGUCUGAAGUCAAAUCAAACUAAACCUCUCCUGUUUCGGGUCAGUCAGGAUCACCAAAAUUAUUUAAUUUUGUGAAAUGCCACAAUAAUGAGAGCUUUUUCUAGCAAAUUUUAUAUUUUCUCUGAGGUCAAACGUUCACAUACAUUUCCCUUUUAACUGCAUGACUUAGCUCAAACAUUUCGGACCAAAACAGGUUCAUCUCCAGUUCUUCCUGAGCAGUGUGAUCGCUGGACAUUCCUGGGAUGUUUAUACAUGCAUAUAAUUGUUUGAACAGAUGAACGUGGCACUUUCGAGCAUGUGGAAAUUGCACCCAAGGAUGAUGGAGGUCCACGAUUCUUUCUGGUAUUUCUUUUGAUUUUUGACUUUGUCAGAGUGUUUGAGGUGUGGCCUUUAAAAACAUCCCCCGGUGUGCCCUCUGGGCUUCCUUAUGGUCUUGACACACAUAGUAGUUUAUUUUGAAUUAAACUUUUAACCUCAAAUGAAACUAUAACAUUCUCACUCUCAUUAUUAUGACAUUUCACAAAAUUAAAUAACUUUGGUGACCCUGACCGACCUGAAACGCGAGAGGUUUCAUCUGAUUUGACUUCAGGCAGUGAGAAAAGAAUGAAAAUGUUUUUUUGCGCAGUAUAUGUAGACUUCUGGCUUCAACUGUACAGUAUCACUGUUAAAAAAAAAAAAGGGGGGGUGGUCUAGUAAAGAUCAGCAUCCAACACUACCAUCCAAUGGUGGGACAAUGCAUUACACUGACAGAUUUAUAUGGUAUACAGUGUGAUUGUAAAAAGUGAGAAAAAUAUUCUAAUAAUUUAUGCAAUUACAUGAAAACUGUGUAUUGCGUAUAUAUAUUAUUUGUUGUAGUGCAAACAUUAAGUACAGCUAAGUCAGCAGAAA